CUUGCCAUUCACGACCAUCACUGCUGGAGGGAAAUUGACCCUCCGUCUCGGCACGCUGGGGCUCCAGGGUGAAGCAUUUUAUGCAAGCGAUGGAGGACUAUACCCUUCUUCCUUUCCAGCCCUGUCCUUCCUGGUUGCGGUGUUUCCCAGCAUGGACACGGGAUUUCUAAUGGAUAGCUGUGCCCUUGAGGCACCGGCAUUCGCGGACUUGACCAUCUUCCAAUGCUCUCUCUUUAACGCGUUGUAUGUGAGCAACUAUAGCUACGUGAAUGAAGUGCAGAAUAUAAGCACGUCGGUGCUUCUACCGUCACUGAACUCGGUUGGCUAUCUGGGCGGAAGGCGCCGAGCCCAUUGGCGUAUUGAACGCCAAUGGGGCAUUAGUCCACAGUGACGGUUACAACACGACGUUUGUUGAGAUGGUUGCUUACGAGUCUGUCAUGGACGCAUUCGGCCGGGUGAUGGUGGGGAUAAUGGCCAACUCGCUGUCAGACGUGGACCCUGCCCUAUCGUCUCUCACGAACACGAAUAUGAGCAUCAUGUCUACAGUGCUACUGGACACCAACGAGCUAGCGUUUCUGGGCAAUAUGUCAGCGACGUCGUCGUCGCUGAACAUCGAGCAAUUCUUUGCGGACAACUCGAUGUCGAUGGCGCGCAACGACACUCGGGGGCUGCGCAAAGCGAUUGAGGAGUUAUUCUGGAACACGGCGAUUUCCCUGAUGAACGAAAGGACGUUGCAACCGAACAUUUCGGGUCUAUAUGUGCCCAAGGAGGUGAAGAUGACGGUGACGAGCUUCCAGAAUGUCUACUCGUACACGGCGAAGAUAUUGUGGACGGCGUGUGCGAUCGCGAUCUUCCUGACGGUGGUGCGUUCGGGAAUGGGGCUGCUGGCGUUUCUGGCGAACGGACAGAAGUCAUACUGGACGCAGUAUUCGACGAUACUGCGGAUACGCACCAAGCGGAGUUCGCGAGGGCGAUAAGGAUGGGAGCAGUCCGCUGCCGGGAUACAUCGCCGAGGCCAAGGUGCGCUUGGCGCCGGAAUAGGAGGUGAAUAUUUUAAUAUGAUGUAUAUGAAUGCCUUGUGCGGCAGCCAUCGGAAAGUUCCCGCGGAAAAACACGGAUGACAUAUAAUUUCGAGUAAUAAAUUGCAGUGGAAG